UGUUCGUAGUGCAGGGCCACUCGCUGGGCUCUGUCAGUUUUCAAGCUGAGCAGGGGUUUGGAUAUUACACUCCCUCCACGGCCGCACGAUUUUGCUCUGGCUCGGCUGAAGUUUUCCCACAGAUAAGAGGGAAAGGGGUGGGGAAGAAAGAUUGCCCCGAGGACACCUCUUUCUCGCGGGACAUGGAGAACAGGCCAGCAGAGACCAAUUCAGAGGCGGACAAGUCAGCAUCACCCUCAGUGGCUCAGCUAGCAGGGAAAUUCAAGGAGCAAGCAGCCAAUAUCACUGCAAAAGAGGUGCCACUGCAUAAGCCUACUCGGAGGAAACCACCAUGCUCCCUUCCAUUGUAUUCCCACAAAACUGAGACAAGUGACAAUGAUGAGCAAAAGCGGUCUCCAAAUGCUUGCCCCCUUCCCAAGGUCAAGGUGAAAAGCUCCCCCAUGAUUGAAAAGCUGCAGGCCAAUCUGGCUUUUUCUCCAGCUGCUCUGCUGCCGGGAGUGUCUCCCAAAAGCCCUGGUCUGAAAGCCCUGGUUUCUCCAUUCAGCACACCUCCCUCAACACCCAGCAGCCCUGGGACUCAGACCCAGCCCAGCGAGGCGAGUGAGACACCAGUCAGCUUUGAUCAGCCCCCGGAAGGCACCCAGCUGCAGUUCUACAACAAGGUGCGGACGCGAGGAUCAAUCAAGCGCAGGCCACCCUCCAGGAGGUUCCGAAGAUCUCUGUCCGAGUACGGAGAUGGGGAAGAUUUAGGGCUCAACAUCUCCUCUCCAGAAAAUGGUGCCAGGGAAAAUGAGGUCUUUGGGCCCAAUGGCAAGACAGAGGAGGCUGAAACAGGGAGAAAAGAGCAAAAGAAAGAAUCAGGGUCUGAUGAGAAACCCCAGUCAAGGAAAGGAUCCAGCAGGUCAGAGGAUGAGUUAAAAGGCAGCAAUGAGCAAAAGAAACAGGCAGGGUCUGAUGAGAAGCCCCCAUCAAGGAGAGGGUCCAGCAAAUCAGAAGAUGAAGAAAAAGGGGAUAAACAGGCAGAGGAAAUUAAUCCUUGCAAGAGUAACAAAGGGAAUACAAAGGAGGAGGAAGUGUGUCAUGAUGCCUCAGGGAAGGAGAACUCUGCCCAGCCUACCUCUGGAGACAAGGAGGUGUGUGAGGGUCCCAAGGGAGAAGAGCAGCAAGACACUGCCAGUGAACAGGAAAAGGGGGACAAGGAGAAGGAAGAAGCUGAAGGGGAAGCAAAGGAAACCAGUGAAAGCACAGACACACAGAGAACAUCAGAUACUGAAGAAACACCACUGGCAUCUGAAUCACUGCAGGAUGCAGAGGGAUUAGACACUGCUAGUGAAGCUUCACCAUCAGUCACGCAGGAGCAGAGCACAGCGUAACCCUGACACACAGCUUGUUAGCUUUGCCAGCAAAAAGAGUGUUUGCACACAUACCAGUUUCAUGAUCAGCCCUGGAAGCACGGAAACAUGGCCCUUUGCCACUUGAAAUAAAAGAGGAUUUCCACUAGCUGAAGCAGGACUUAUUCCAUGUACCUUCUUACGUAUUCUGUAACCACUGAUAACAUAGCCACAGAUGCCUGAGGAAAUGUCUAAUUCCACGUCCCCACCUGUCUCCUCUUCAAAUGUUUCCUUGGUUUGGCAAGGACCAACUGAAGGAAGGAGGCUGGUGCUCAGGCUGCCUUUGCCUCCUAGGACAGAAACUAUCAAAGUACUCCCAGGACUUCUCAGCGCUGUAUUUACUUAGACCAUGAUUAUUUUUCAUUAUUUCCUUACUUUUUGCCUCUCAAAAGGACAUGCCCAGUCAGGGUAGAGGAGACUUAACAUGUGAAUAGGAGCCAUCUAACCCAAUCAAGGUGGAAGCUACUGGAAAACCUUCAGUGGCAAGAGAGGAGCAGAAUACAGAUAUCCCCUGAGGUCCAAACUCCUCACAGAGCUGAGUGGCUCCUUGCUGGCUCUCUGCUCUGCACCAUCAUAUUUUGGGACAGCUGGAACAAGAGACCGGUUUGCUAUCUCUUCAGAGUUCAAAACUCAGGUGUGUUGGCUGAUGUUCCUCAGUGAUAUCUGGGGACUGAGAGACCUGAUACUUGGCUGUCCUGGAGCCAACAACCAUCACCACUCCUGGUCCCUCUGCUUCUUCAUUCUGCUCCAAAAUGUCUUUUUCUUCUCCCCUGCAUUGGUCUUAGAUUAAGUUUAUCAGUUACAUACAUACAUAUAUGGUGCCUUUUUGGUAGCUUUUUUUGGAAUACUUUGAGUUUCUAAACUUCAGUAAAUAAUGUUUUAACAGUAGGAAACAGUAUGUUUUCUCCGUAUGUACUGUAUGGCAGACAAUGUGAACUCUGAGCACAGGGAAGACUCUUACGACAUUGGUCGUACAACACAAAAUCCCUUUGAAGUGGUGGUUGAACUGGCUGAUCUGUGAAACAGCCAGCAGGGACAGGCUGGUAGGUUCUGUGCUUCUGCUUUGGGGUGUUUUUAGUGCUGGUGGAAAGUGACAAUGAGCAGAUUGGAUGCAAAGAGUGCUGAGUAGGUCAGCGGGGCAAGGUUUUUAUCUGGCUCCAUGCUCCAGUACAGAUUUGGAGGGCCUGCCUGUCCAUCAGUCUUUCUCACUUCCAGACCCUAUGCUGUCUUUUUUUAAACUUUUAGUGUGUGGCCACUGAGAGCCACUCAGGAUAGAAAGUAUCCUGUAUUGGCUUACAGGAAACAGCCAAAUGAUUUUGUGCAGGUCAAAAAAGUGUUAGCUGGCUGAGUUUCCAGUAAUAUGGCCUGACUGACUGAAUUGGUGAAGGUCAGACAGCCAGUCCCUCCUCAGUACUUAGGCACUGUACUGGAUUUGCAUUUACCCUCCAGUUAAAGUCAUGGGCUAGCAGCUGCCAAAACAAAAGAAGAAGGACUUACGUCUGCAGACUAUUAGUUGCGCAUAAGAAAUAAGUUCUUUGGGGAAAGAUGGAUAACAGACCCUCACUUGACCUCGUUCCUGACAGCAGUGCUUGAAGCUGAAUAAAAAACUGCCUUGGCUCAAGACCACAGGGCUCAUGUCCACAGCAUGUCGUGGAGCUGUGGACAAAUCUGGGCUCACUGGAGACUGCGAGCCAGACUUGUCAAAAGCUGAGCCAAGGUGUCAGCCAGUUGUUGGGUGGUGAGAAUGGUCAGGGGCCAGUGCUUGAACCCCACCUGAGUACUCAGCAACACAGAAACAGCUGCAGAGACCAAGGGAAGAAUGAGCCAUCCCAAAGCUCCUCCUAGCAAACAUUAAGCUGAGCACUGUCAGAGGCUUACGUUGUCCCUGUCUCUCCGGACACGCACAAGUCAGCACAGCUCCCUUCUGUCCUCAGGCAGGCUCUGCAACACAGCAGAGAUACAAACCUGGAGGGUCUGUGGGAUAUCCCCUUUGUGUUCACCAGCUCCAAAAUCGUGAGGAAAGAAGAGGCUCUGUGUCCUGCCUUUCUUUUUCCCAAGUGAGAGCUCUCAGGUGACAUUUGCUGAGAGCCAGCGGCUUUGACCCUCCUGUGUGACAUGGGCUUGUUGGCAAACACAACCUCCACAUCCUUUUGAGCCAUGCCAUGGAGCACUGUUGCCUUUGAACCCAUUGUAAUCUGUUAUAGCUUGUAUUCCAGGGCAGGCUGCAAUCAUUCACUAUACCUCGUUUCUUCUCUCAGCAGUGUCCCAUCUCUAUGUGAGGGAUUGUGUCUCACUGUAUAUACAGACAUAUAUGUGCCUGUUUAAAGAAUGUGUAUGUAUGUCCUGAGCACAGGAAUGGAAAUCCAAGGGAGAAACAGAAGAAAUAAAUGGUGUAAUAAAAGCAAAGCAAA